UUAAGAGUAAAUUACCAAAUUUAACGGAUAUCAUGCGUGGCUUCAUUAUUUUGUGCUUUGUGGCGGCUAUAUCCGCAGACAAAUUGGGCUACAAUUACAGACCUGUGCCUCACUCUUCAUCCGGACUCUCCUUCACACCCGGCAGUGGUGGUGUUGGCGGAGGUAGUGAUGGUUUCGGCUCUGGUGGCGUCAGCGGACUAGUCUCUGGUGGCGAUGAUGGUAGCUACGGCAGCUCUGGAAGUCUUGGUGGACUGACUGGCGUCGGCAGUGGAUUCGAUUCUGGCGCUCAGAGUAUUGUGUCACCAGUCAGACAGGAAGCCAACAAAGAAUUCUACUCCUUCUCUGCUCCUGAGGAGGAAUUCGAAGAUGCCGAAGGGGCUCAACAAUUGGCUAAUUCUCUGAAAAAGAAUGUUCGUGUCAUCUUCAUUAAGGGACCCGAAAACAAUGGCUUGGAGAAGGCUGCCCUGGCUUUGGCUAGAAACGCUGCCGAACAGAAGACAGCCAUCUAUGUGCUGCAGAAACAACAUGAUAUCGCCGAUUUGGCUAACAAAUUGCAGUCUGUCAAUGAUAACCGCAACCAUCAUCCAGAGGUGCACUUUGUCAAAUACCGCAACCAAGACGAUAUUGUCAACGCCAAGCGCACCAUCCAAUCGCAAUACGACCAAGAGCCCGGUGCAUCGCAAAACUACAAUCACGCUGUUGCUCCAGUGAUCAACUUUGCUUCACCAUCCAGCCCAAUUCAGUCGUACGGCCAACAGCAACAAUACUACAACCCAGCUGCGUCCAACACGAACACAAACUACUUGCCCCCCUCGCUAUUGAGACGUCUUCGUUUGUGGCUUAUAUGUAUCGCUUCAGAAGGAGCAUAUAAUAAAGGCAACAAAAUAAAUGGUUUUGGUGGCUUGAGUGGUGAUUCAUCUGGCAAUAUCGGUGGUCUGGGUGGUAGCUCUUCUGGUAGUCUUGACAAUCUUGGUACCCCAGGCGGUAACAAUGAUUAUAGUGGCAGCAGUGGGCCUAGUAGCAGCUCAGCUGGUGCUCCAAGUGCAGUGGAAUACGAAAAGGAGUUCUUCACAUAUUCUGCUGAUGACAAUGAUUUUGAUGAACCAGAAGCCAAUAAUCAAGUAAGCCACGGAGCAAAGAAGAACCUUCGCGUUAUUUUCAUUAAGGGACCCGAAAACAAUGCUUUAGAGAAAGCUGCCAUCAAUUUGGCCAGACAAGCGUUGGAACAGAGAACCGCCAUUUAUGUGCUGCAUAAACAAGCUUCUCUCGGUGAUUUAGCCAAUAAGCUGCAGGCUUCACAUGACGUCCAGAGUCAUCAGCCCGAGGUGCACUUUGUCAAGUACCGUACACCAGAAGAUGCGGCCAAUGCACAAAAGGCUAUUCAAGCUCAAUACGAUCAACUGGAUGGGCCAUCGCAAGCGCAUGACUGUGGUGUGGUUCCAGUGCAUAACUUUGCAUCGCCUGCUACGCAUAGUGGUCCAUCUGGUGUAGAUGGCGGCAUAUCUGGCCCUGCUAGUGGUGUAUCAGGUGGAAACGGUCACAUUUCGGGCGUCCCUGGAAGAGGGGCACCAAGCGCAACAUAUUUGCCUGCUGCAAUCUUGCGCACACUUCGUGUUUAG